CGCCGGGUCUGGCCGGGCGCAGAGCCAGCCGCGUCAACACCGCCGGAGCGUCGCGGCGGAGCAGGCAUCCUAGCGGCAGGGCCAUGCUCACGUUCAUGGCCUCUGACAGCGAGGAAGACGCGUGCAACGAGCGGACGUCCCUGAUGUCAGCCGAGAGCCCCGUGCCUCGCUCCUGCCAGGAAGGCAGGCAGGGCCCCCAGGACGGAGAGGAUGCCGCCCAGCAGGGAAGCCAGGACCCCGGGGAGGACCAGGAGGAGGACCCUGACCGCUACGUCUGCAGUGGGGUCCCCGGGCGGCUGCAGGGCCUGGAGGAGGAGCUGACCCUCAAGUACGGGGCGAAGCACGUGAUCAUGCUCUUCGUGCCCGUCACGCUGUGCAUGGUCGUGGUGGUGGCCACCAUCAAGUCCGUGCGCUUCUACACGGAGAAGAGCGGGCAGCUCAUCUACACGCCCUUCACCGAAGACACGCCCUCGGUGGGCCAGCGCCUGCUCAACUCCGUGCUCAACACCCUCAUCAUGCUCAGUGUCAUCGUGGUCAUGACCAUCUUCCUGGUCGUGCUCUACAAGUACCGCUGCUACAAGUUCAUCCACGGCUGGCUGAUCAUGUCCUCGCUGAUGUUGCUGUUCCUCUUCACCUACAUCUACCUCGGGGAAGUGCUCAAGACCUACAACGUGGCCAUGGACUACCCGACGCUGUUCCUGGUCGUCUGGAACUUCGGGGCGGUGGGCAUGGUGUGCGUGCACUGGAAGGGCCCGCUGGUGCUGCAGCAGGCCUACCUCAUCAUGAUCAGCGCGCUCAUGGCCCUGGUCUUCAUCAAGUACCUCCCGGAGUGGUCCGCCUGGGUCAUCCUGGGCGCCAUCUCUGUGUACGAUCUCAUGGCUGUGCUCUGCCCCAAGGGGCCUCUGCGGAUGCUGGUGGAGACCGCCCAGGAGCGAAAUGAGCCCAUAUUUCCUGCCCUGAUAUACUCCUCCGCCAUGGUGUGGACAGUGGGCAUGGCCAAGCUGGACCCCUCCUCUCAGGGGGCCCUUCAGCUCCCCUACGACCCAGAGAUGGAAGAAGACUCCUUUGACAGUUUGGGGGAGCCCUCGUACCCGGAAGUCCUUGCGCCUCCGCUGCCUGGCUCCCCAGGGGAGGAGCUGGAGGAAGAGGAGGAAAGGGGCGUGAAGCUGGGCCUCGGGGACUUCAUCUUCUACAGCGUGCUGGUGGGCAAGGCGGCGGCCACGGGCAGCGGGGACUGGAACACCACGCUGGCCUGCUUCGUGGCCAUCCUCAUCGGCCUGUGCCUGACCCUCCUGCUGCUCGCCGUGUUCAAGAAGGCGCUGCCCGCCCUGCCCAUCUCCAUCGCCUUCGGCCUCAUCUUCUACUUCUCCACCGACAACCUGGUGCGCCCCUUCAUGGACACGCUGGCCUCCCACCAGCUCCACAUCUGAGGCGCCGCCUGGGCUGGGACCGUGCCGCUGUGUAGUCUCACACUCUAGUGCCAUAUCCUCUUAAGACUUCCAUUUCCUUAGGAAAACGUAAACGAGAAUAAAAGUACCGUGUUCCCUUCGUGGAGAAGAACCGCCUUUGGUGCUAGUUUUGCCACCAGACCGAGGCUCACCCUUCCCGAACGCUGGCGCGCUGACGGGAAACGGACGUCCAUCCAGAGGAGCGGGAGGGGCCGCGACGGGGCCGGCGCCUCGGAGCCGGGGUGUCCCGGCCGAGACGGAGGAAGAGGAACGAAGGCAGGCGUGGAAGGAAGGCGCACGCACAGCAGGCCCGGGGCUCCCGCAGGGCGGCACCAAGCACCUGCCACUCUGGCCAGAGAAGAAAAGCCCAUUUCUCUGUGAGGAAUGUUCCAGUGCUUGUCUGGGACGUCGUUAUUUUAUUACCUUUAGAAACCAAGUCCUCAUCGUGUUGCAGCAGUUCUGCUGGGAAGUGGCUUAAUAUUAAUAUCAAUAAAAGAUGAAUCCUGUUGGA